AUGCCUCUGGAUGAAUCAUGGCCAUUAUACAGUGUCAAGACCAGGAUCCAACUCGACCCCUCCAAGUACAGCAGCAACCUCGUCAAGAGCGGCUCUUACAUCGCCAAGACCGAGGGCGCUGGAGCCCUGCUGACCGGCCUCGGCCCCACUGUCACGGGAUACUGCCUACAGGGCGCCUUCAAGUUCGGAGGCUACGAAUUCUUCAAGGCCCGCGCCGUCGACGCCCUGGGAUACGAGACGGCCGCCAACAACCGGAACGCCGUCUACCUCGCCUCUUCGGCCGCCGCCGAAUUCCUGGGCGACCUCGCCCUCUGUCCGUUCGAGUCGGUGCGCAUCCGUCUGGUGUCGCAGCCUUCGUACGCGCCCAGCUUCGCAGCAAUACAGACGGCAUACACCCUCGUGGACAAGGAGUCACUCUCGUCCGCGGGUGCCACGGCCGUCAAUCUGGGCUCAGGUCUGGUCGCCGGUCUGGCCGCCGCCGUCGUCUCUCAGCCGGCCGACACGCUGCUCAGCCAGGUCAACAAGGAUAAGGCACGCGAGGGGGAGAGCACGGGCCGUCGUCUGAUCCGCAUCGGCACCAGGCUGGGCGUCAAGGGUGCGUUUGCGGGUAUGCAGGCUAGGGCCAUCAUGGUUGGUGGUAUGACGGCCGUGCAGUUUGGCAUCUAUGGUGAUGUCAAGAAGCUCUUUGACGUUCCCGAUGGUGUUGAUCUGAAAAAGGCCGCCCCCGCCAAAUAA